AAUUACCAACCACUGCCAGCGACCUCUCCUCGGAGGCGUGACCGUAAUUGCUCCGCAACUACCCCGAUACCAUUCCCAAAUCCUCCGUCGACCCCUCUACACCGGCGAUCGGCGGCGAACGAUGGGGUGGGCGACGCGGUUCCUGGCGGCGGUGUGCUUCUUUGCUGCGGGCGUCCUCUUCGUCCCAGAGGCUAUCGGUUCCCCAUCCGGCGCAGGAGCCGUCACCGCCGCCAAGCUGGCCCACGUCCUCUCCUUUGCCACCUCCUGGGGCGCCGCCCUCUGGGCCACCUUCAUCGGCGGCAUCAUAAUGUUCAAGAACCUGCCGAGGCACAUGUUCGGCAACUUGCAGAGCAAGAUGUUCCCGGCCUACUUCACGCUUAUAUCUGCAUGCGCAGCCAUCUCCGUCGCCGCCUUCGCGUACCUUCACCCGUGGAAGACGGCGUCCACUGUGCAGCGCUACCAGCUUGGAUUCCUCCUCUCAGCGCUCGGCUGCAACCUCUCCAACCUUCUAGUCUUCACUCCCAUGACCAUCGAGAUGAUGAAGAAGAGGCACAAGAUCGAGCGGGACCUGAGUAUCGGCGAGGAAGUCGGAUGGUCAAAGAACCAGCAGGUGGCUAAAUCCAACCCCACCCUCGCUGCAAUGAACAAGAAGUUUGGGAUGAUCCACGGGCUGUCAUCACUGGCCAACAUCAUGUCGUUUGGCAGCUUGGCCAUGCACUCCUGGUACCUGGCCAGCAAGCUAGAGCUGUGAAGAAGGGGAGACAAGACGACACCUUUCUCCGCCUUGUUGUGAAUCUUGUCAGUUGUCACGAUGGUGUUGCUUGCUGCUCUCAAACCAGUUUCAAAAUUGGAAUAACUAGAAAAUGGCCAGACACAUACAGACAGGGUUUUGUAAAAUCACACUAUCUCCGAUCUCGAAUAUUUUGCAAAACUGCA